UAAUCUCAUUUUUCGCUUUCAUGUGUUGACCUUCUGGGUCACUGCUGUAAGUUAAUGUUUGUUUAUGAAUUAAUAAGGCCAGGCUCGUUAGUUUUGCUCGGUCUUGUGGUCGCUACAAACGUGUUUAAUUGUUUUUUAAAGUAGUACAAAGAAUCAGCAGAACCAAGCGAACCGAGACCAACAACAGACAAACGAGACCCAUCACCGUUAUGGCAAUGAAAAAGGGUUCGUCGCAGGUUAUCCUGACGAUGACGUUCGCCUGUUUAAUAGGAGCAGGAAUAACCAGUUCGGAGGCGGCAGUAGCGCGUUCGCAGUCGCCGCAACGAGGUGCAGGACAACCGUCGAAUAACAGAAACAACGCGAUUAUGGAUCCGGCGUUCGCUAACGCGGGCCAAAGGGCCGGUCUGGAGAUAUGGAGGGUCGAGGACUUUAAGCCGGUACCGUACCCCAAGGAUCAAUACGGGAAAUUCUACACCGGCGACUCCUACAUCGUCCUGAACACGAACGUGAAUAAAAGGGGAGACAAGUCUUGGGACAUUCAUUUUUGGCUAGGAGCCGAAACUAGUCAGGAUGAAGCUGGAGCAGCCGCGAUCCUGGCGGUGCAACUGGACGAGCUCCUGGGUGGUGCCCCCAUUCAGCACAGAGAGAGACAGGAGCACGAAUCCCAACUCUUCCUGUCCUACUUUAAGUCGGGAGUGCGCUAUCAACCGGGAGGGGUUUCCUCCGGGUUCCGUCACGUCAAUCCCGAGGAAGCGGAGACCAGACUGUUCCAGGUCAAAGGGUCCAGAAACAUCCGGGUCAAAGAGGUCGACCCGAACCUCUCCUCGAUGAACAAGGGCGACUGCUUCAUCCUGGACACCGGCAAGAAGAUCUACGUGUACGUGGGCGCGUCCGCCAAGAGGAUCGAAAAGAUCAAAGCGACCACCGCCGCCAACCAGAUCAGAGACCAAGACCACGCGGGCAAGUCCAAGGUGAUCAUCGUGGACGAGUUCAGCCCCCAGUCGGACUACGACGAGUUCUUCGGCGCCCUCGGGGGCGGUUCGCGCGACAAAGUGCCGGACGCGACCGUGGGCGGCGACGACGCCCAAUUCGAGACCCAAGAGGAGCGAGCCGCCGCCCUUUAUCGCGUCUCCGACUCCUCGGGGGCGGUGAGGGUCGAACCGGUCGGACAACGACCUCUGCAGCCCGCCCUUCUCGACGAGGGCGACGUCUUCAUCCUGGAUUCCGGCAGUACCGACGUGUUCGUUUGGGUGGGGCGCAGGGCCUCGCCCCAGGAAAAGAAGGAGUCUUUGAAGAAAGCCGACGCGUAUCUCAAAGAGACGCGCCGCCCUUCUUGGACCCACGUCGAGCGGAUCGUGCAGGGGUCGGAACCAGCCGCUUUCACUCAAUUCUUCAGGUCCUGGCAGGGGGUGGGGGAGAUGCGCCCCAGGUUAACCCGGUCUGCCAGUAACCCCCGAUUGUUCCACGCCACCCUAAGACCUGGGGCCAGCAAGUUCCAGGUGGUGGAGGUGUACGAUUUCGAGCAGGACGACCUGAACCAGGAUGACGUCAUGUUCCUGGAUGACCCUAAUUCGAACACCGUGUUCCUGUGGAUCGGGAGUAAGACGGAUGCGGAGGAGAAGGCCAGGAGCAAGGAGGUCGUCGAGAAAUAUUUGGCGGACCACCACAGGGAGGACACCAAAGUGGUGGUGUUCGAGCAGGGUGAGGAGGGCGAGCAGUUCAAGGGACUUUUCCGCGAAUGGAACCCGGAUCUCUGGCAGAUCCAGGUGGACCUGAGGCAACUCGCCAAGCGUUUCAACUAAAUUUAGCUUUUCAGGUUCUGUUAUUUGAUAACCUGAUAAUAUGACAAAUAUUUUAGCUUUAUUUUGUAUUUGUGUGUGCUAAUAGCAAAAACCUUUUCAGAGGUUCAUUUAAAAUGCAUUUUUGCUGUUAUUUAUAUCAUAAUAAUAAACAAAUUUUUAGCUUGUUAA